CUGGAUUUUCCUCAUUCAGAAGUCCAGGCCAGUUCGUGAGGGCAUAGUUUCAAAUUCCACCAGCUCACCAGCUGAUGGAAUUUUAAUUCAGUUGUGUGAUAUGUAGCAUCAGAAAUGCCUUAUGUGGAUCGACAGAAUCGUAUUUGUGGAUUUCUAGACAUUGAAGAAAAUGAAAACAGUGGAAAAUUUCUGCGUCGAUACUUCAUACUGGACACUCGAGCUGACAGUUUGCUAUGGUAUAUGGACAAUCCACAGAAUCUGCCAUCAGGUGCAUCACACGUUGGGGCUCUUAAACUUACUUACAUCUCAAAGGUCAGUGACGCAACAAAGCAGCGGCCAAAAGCAGAGUACUGUUUCGUCAUUAAUGCUGGAAUGCGAAAGUACUUUCUGCAAGCGAAUGAUCAGCAGGACUUGGUUGAGUGGGUGAAUAUACUGAACAAAGCCACCAAGAUUACAGUUCCAAAACCAUCAGAUGUUCAAGCGAACGCAGACAACCAAAAUUGUCUUACGGAGGGGCCAUGUGGAAGGAAGCCGGGGCCAUACAAGACCGAAAUUAUUGGUGGUGUUCCCAUUAUUACACAGACUAAUCAGGAGGGGAUGGAAUGUCUUGAAGGAAUUGAGAAAAAUAAUUUGAAACGUUCUCAAAGUCAGUUAGCAUAUUUUAUUGGCAAGCCUACAUCUGAUCAAGCAGUCAUUAAAAGUGGUUACUGUGUUAAACAAGGAGCAGUAAUGAAAAACUGGAAAAGAAGACAUUUCAUACUAGAUGAAAACUCCAUAAGUUAUUAUAAAUCUGAUCUGGAUAAGGAGCCACUUCGGAGUAUACCACUUAAAGAAGUUAUUAAGGUUCAGGAGUGUAAACAAAGAGAAAUCCUGUUGCGUGACAACUUGUUUGAGAUAGUUACUAAUUUUAGAACAUUUUACGUCCAGACUGACAGUCCUGAAGAUAUGCACAACUGGAUCAAGGCAAUAUCUGGGGCAAUAGUGGCACAGCGAGGCCCUGGAAGAUCAGCUUCUAUGCGGCAAGCCAGAAGGCUGUCGAAUCCUUGUAUACAGAGGUAUACAUCAAGAACUGGUGAAUGCAGCACGAGCCUUCUGACAAUUCCACAACAGAAUCCUGUACUGUCUCAUCUUCCUCAAAAACACCAGCCAGCUAUAAUCCCCUCGUUGCCUCCGCCAGCAGCACUGCAGACCACAAUCCCCAACAUAACGAGGAGAAGCGAGGACUUCACAAGUCUUCUACCAUGGCUCAGCCAGGGCAGCACAAGAUCCCGAUUGUCUCUACCCGAAAACCAGCUGCCAAAAUGAUAAAGGAAGACUCAGUCCUUCAAGGUAAAAAUGGCAUGCCGGAAAGUUAUUCUGCUCCAUUGGAUCUGGAUGAUGUCAGUCUUCCUGUCAGUGACAUUUAAAGGUAGAACUUGAAGGUAAAAGCGCUGUCAUCCAAAUCUGUUUGUUUGAGAUCUCUAAUGGGAGUAGAUCAGACAGGAAGAGAAUUAUCUUCUUCUCGCAUUCAAAACUUUGCUUCUAAAUUCACCUCAUUAGUCUGCGUAGUGAAGUUCAUCUGCUGACCUCUCUCUAGCAGAUUCCAUAAUGUGGCAUUUAUGGAUAUGAAUCGAUUUAGUAUUCAGUUAUCUGCCUACUUUUUCAAAAAACAACUUUGUUUGUGCCUAAAGAACAGUGUGGUGUACCAUUGUGGUCCCAAAGAUAUUGCACCUUGUCACUAAAUGUACAGGUUAGUCUUUUAUAUUUUCAGAACAAUAAGAGUUUCCUUGUGAAAAUAUUAAACUUUGCUUUGCUCAGCAUUGACAGCUUCAGGUUGUACUGUGUAUGAUCCUUCUCUUGUGGCCUGUAUGUGUCUUAAUGCACCAAAAUCCCAUACUGCUUAAAGUGCCUGUCUUUAAUCUCUGGAUACAGGUUGUUUAUGUAUCAAUAUUUGAUCUAUAUUGUAUAAUGUUACAUUUUUAAUUUCUUGAGCUUUUAACCUUUUGAAUUCUCAAUUACUGGAGGAAGUAGUAAAUGUAAUUGUUUUGAUAUAAUUCAAGUUUAAACUAUUAGAAUAUUAUGGAUCUUUUAAUGGUUUCCUGUGCAAUAUAUAUUUCACUAAUUGUGAACUGCAGAAGUUACUGGAGGGUUUUGAUAAUGUCACUGUGUGUAAUCAGAACCUUAAAUCUUGAGAUUUUUAACUAUACAUAAUUAUGUACACAGGAUAAAUAUGCAGAUGCAUUUCUCAAAUAUGUGUCCACCAAAUAUAUUUCGGCUCAUUUGGGCAUGAGAUUUUCCCUCCCUUUGAGAACGCCCAUCUUAAUUGGUGAAAGCUUUGAAGUGAAACUUGAAUAGCUGUAAAGUCUUGAAAGGACUCUUUGGUCUGAAUAUGAAUGUAGAGGGGACCAUUAUACAAGGGUUGAGUCCAUAAUAAUAAUUUUAAUUUAUGGUGAAAAUGCCAUGUUAUUUGUAGAGAUGAAAUACACUGCAUCUGCUCAAUCCUAUUUUAUUAGUAUGUAUAGAAAUUUCACACUUACUAAACCUGUAGUAUUUCUGCAGUUUGUACCUUAUAGGAUAUACUUAUUUUCCAUCAAAAUAUUUGGUUUAAAGUAUUUAUUUCACAAAUAGUGUAUCCAUAUUCAUACCUUUUAAAAGUUGGCAUUAAUUUUCAUUAUUCUGUAUGGAAAAUUAGCUUUGUUUAUGUACUUCAUUCCCCUAAAUAUGCCAUCUGUUUCUUACCUGUCUUUUUUGUGCCUAAUAUAAAUGAGCAAUCUGUUCAGGAAUUAAUUGAUGUAACCCCUGUCCUUUUAAAUAGCACAGCUGAAUCCUUUGCAUGGUCCUCCAAUGACUUAUCCCAGUGCACUUAUGUAAAAAUAGUUUGUCAAGAAUUUGGGGUCAUUAUUGUUGCAAUGUGUUGAGGCUUGGGUGCUGAAAUGUGAUUAUUUUCUAAUUUGCCUUCCACUACCACCACUUCCUGUGAUGAGCAGGCAGAGUCUUGGAUACCCAGGCUGAGCUAAGAAACGUUAUUUUUUAGGAAUCCAGCUUGAAACUUGUUGGGAAGGUGGCAAACCUGGUGGAAGGUUGACUAACUGUAACUUUAAAAAUGAUGAAAAUUUGUGGAGGGUACUUUUUAAUGUUGCUCUUGAAAAUGAGACAUUGUUGGACCUUCUCCUGCAAUGUUCUUUUACAUCAAUCACAUAAUUUUCUAGUGUAUUUUGAUAAAUAAUGGUAGCUUUAAUAAUUUUAAUACUACAAUUGGCUGCAAUUUAGUUACUAUAGUUUUUAAACAAAGUAAGUAAUAGAACUAAAUUGUUUGAAAGAUAUGUCUAAAGAGUAAUUGAUAGUGGAGGAUCUCUAUACAUUUAGAUUUUUCCUAAUUCAAAGAGUUGGCUUAAUUGUUUUGAUAACUGUGAUGUUAUGACACUUGAGGAAAAACAAAGUACUGACAUGGAUAGUUUCAAAUGCAGCAGCUUUAUUUUGUUUUUUGUCUUGGGUUUUUUUAUUCAAACAUGCCUUAGUUUUGAGUUUGCUCAUCCUUAAGUUUGUUUUGCCAAAAUAAAAUGCAUUUUAUGUUGGGCUUUGGCUUGAUUUAGUUUUGUCUCUAUACCAGUUAAAAAUAUUUUCUGUUAAUGGUCAGUUGAAGUUUGUGUUGCAGAAUAAAAAAGUCUCAACUGCUUGCCUGUAUAAUUGUUUUGUCAAAAAGAGUCAUCAAAACUUGUAGCACUGUUAAAAUUUCACAAAUGACAUUCUUUUUAAACUGAGAACGGGUGUGCUUCUGACAUUACAUUUUGAAUACACUAAAGAUGCUUUCUCCUAUGUGUUUUCACUGUGAUACUGAAAAAUAAGUAGUUUUAAACCCCAAUUUUUCCACCAAAAAGGAAUAACUCAAUUGAAAAAUAUAGAUACGUGAUUUCUUAGCUGAGUUUCUUUUUUCCACGUUAGGAAAUGUACUGUGUAUGACUCAAAAUAUUUGAAAAACCUGUGGGAGAAAUUACCUGUCAAACCUGUAAAAUCUUGAUAUAUUUAGUUCAAUAUUUUAUUUUUGUAAUUGUAAAUUUGCUAAGCUUAUUGGCACAGGUACCGCUUCUGAAAUCGCAUGUGCUACUGCUGUUUAUUGAAAAUAUUCUUUGCAAAUAUAUGAAUUGGGUGAAAGCCUUGAUUUACAUUUACACUAUUGUGGGGGACUAUAUUUAACUACUGGUGAACUGAAAAUAUCUAAAUUGUUGAGUUGAAAAAAUGUGUAUUAGUCUGCUAACAGAAGCUUUUAUUUAUCUUUGCUGAACUUUUUAUAUAAUUCUAUAAAAAUGUUUAAAUUAUUUUUGACGGUUAUGUAUGGUUUGACCUGAAUGAUGUUUGUUCAUCUAAGACAAUAAAGAACCAUGUGAUGAUUUUUA